AUGGUGUUACUGGAAAACCAGCUCCCUUUCUUUGUUCUCGCUAUGCUACAUGACAUGACAAAGAAUCCUACAGAACAAAGCUUCUUGAAUAUGGUGAGAAGGACAUUACUUGAUAUUUUCCCAAAGGUGACAUUUAUACCAACAUCAGAAAUCGAUGAUUUUAAUGCAGAAGACAUCGAUCAUUUACUAGAUGCAGUACACAUGUUUUGUUGCCCAUCACAUGAGAAAACUAGAGAAACCAAGAAUGCUAGCAACAAGGGAAACGAAUGUUUCAAGAUAAGUUUCUGUGGGAACAUUUUACAAUUAACCAUGGCAAAAGAAAUCCCCAAUGUCCUUGAUUUAUGGGAUUGCUAUCAUAUUCCAAGUGCAACAGAGCUUUAUGACGCUGGAGUUAGCUUCUCAAAAAUAGGAACAGUUAACGAAGAUAUUAAGGAUAAAACAACUUUAUUCGAUAUCAAGUUCAAAAAAGGGGUAAUGAAAGUCCCCUGUUUCACAAUCGAGGAUACUAUGAAGACCUUCAUGCGAAAUUUAAUAGCAUAUGAGCAACACUCUUCUGAUGUAUAUUCUUAUUUUUCGAAUUAUGCACAUAUAAUGACUCAACUUAUUGGCUCACAUAGAGAUGUGAAUCUCCUUCGCCAAAAUAAAAUCAUCCUUAAAGACCAAGGGGAUGACAAAGAAGUGGCCAGCAUAUUCAAAAAACUUUCAAGUGGGGUGAAAGUCACUGACUUCUAUUACAUAGAAGAAUGCAGCAAAUUGAUCCAACAUUGUGAAAAGCCAUGGAGUCAAAUGAUGGCAAGUUUGAGGCACAAUUAUUUUCAGAGUCCUUGGGCUGGAGCUUCAACUAUGGCAGCCAUCAUACUUCUCAUACUCACAGUUAUACAGACAGUUCUAGCUUUCACAGGUGAGGUUAAGUAG